AUGGGUGACCCCAACUUGGGGGCUGAACCUGAGUUAAUGCCCAAAACACCAUCACAGAGGAGGCGUCCCAAGAAAAGGCAGUCCUCCUGCCUGAAAGAUGAAAAUAAGGAGCCAAACAGGAGGAGGUUGUCCAGAAGGAGAAGCAGCAUCAAGCCAGUGUAUUCCAAGUCAAGUUCCCAAAGGCACCACAGCAAAGAGCAACCCCAGAACCCCGGCCGUCAGGGGGAAGAGGUGUCCCUGCCCAACUGUGCGGUGAGGUCUCAGGCCAGUGUUAAAACCGAGCUCCCAGCGCUGACUGGGAAAUGGCCGGCAGAAGCACGCGGUCCCGCGGUGAAGGCGAAGUCUCAGGACUGCCCUCAGGGUGCCGACAGCAGUGAUGCAGCCUGUAAGGCUGUUACGGGGGAGCAGUUGCCCAAGGGGGACGCAGCCACUGAGCUGCACAAUGUGUCUUCCGUCGCUGCGAUCCCUGCUGGCCAGACAGCAAGGGAGGGGGAGGAGGCCCCCAAAAGAAGAGCAAGUACCCCCUCUCCCAAGGCUGCUAGAAAUGGAGAUCCUGCCAUGCUCCAAGGAGAUCGAUCUCCUCGAGACCUCGAAAAGGUGCUUUUCCAGGACUCCGACAGCAAAAUAAGUACAGUGAGAUCCAAAACGCGCCGUUGCUCUGGACGCCGAAGCUUUGUGGGUGGCCCCCACAAGAGCCGUAGGGCCUCCUUGGCAGAAAAAUAUUCACUGGCCAGCAAAAGAGAGAGCAUGAUCCGGAGGUCUAUCAGCAGGGCCAUUUCAAAGAAGGCAGCGGCGCGAGAAUCAUCCUCUGCCUCCAGCAGAGUGAGCUGUCAAAGCUCCUUGGAGGUUUUUGUGGAAGAAGAUGUGACCAGCAGCAUGAGACCUGGACUGGAACUGAAUCCCCCAAGUGAAAAGACUUCUGAAGAUGUCCUCAUCUCAAGCAAAAGUAUACAAGCUGCCAGCCCUCCUGCACAGCACUUACCCUCUCCUGAGCAGCAGGCAGGGAACAAUGAAGGAAGCUGUGUAAAUCCAGACAGCAAACGCCAGAACGAGAACCAGGAACAACCCCACUGUGCCAAGUCCCAGGAGAAUCCCUCACGCAUCUGGACAAGAAGCUAUAAACAAGCAAUGGGUGUUACAUGGAACGAGCAGCAGCCAGGGGGUCGUACCCUUUCCCCUUUGGAUGACAAGCACAAGGAUUCAGCAAACCAGUCUCCAUCUUCUUCCUCUCCAGCUAGCAAGGUUGUUAGACCAUUGAAAAACUUCCUGCAGGCUGUGCAGCGAAACCAGCUGCUCGUGAGCCCGGGGCCCACAGGACGUGGGGGUGUCAUAAAGAACUUCAUCAAACGCAAUACUCCCACCCGGCCUGAUCUUAAGGAGAGGGAGCGGCAGAGACUGGAGAGCCUCAGGAAGAAGCAGGAAGCUGAGGAACAGAGGAAAAAGAAAGUGGAGGAAGAAAAGAGACGGCGGCAGGCAGAAAUGAAGCAGAAGAGGGAAGAACGUCUGAGGAAGGCACUGCAGGCUCGGGAGCGGGUGGAACAAAUGGAAGAAGAGAAGAAAAAGCGGAUGGAGCAGAAGACUUUACAAAAUGAUGAGAAGGUGCGCCUCUCACAAGUGCGGGAAGAGAAAGUGGGAGAGGAGCGGAGCAAGAAAAAACCGUCGAAGAAGCCUGGGGAAGCUGAUGCGCGGAAGCAGAAAGCGCUGAGGGUGGAGGAAGAUGAAUUUGAGCAGCAAGAACCACUGCAGAAAAGGAGAGAGGAUGAAGUGAAAGAAAAAGGAAAGAAAGUCUUGGAACUGAAAAAUCUUGUAGAGCAGCAACAGGUGGAACAAGUGAAGGAGAGGCCCCCCGUGCUUUUCCCCGCCAGCACCUACCUGGUGACGAUGAAACCAGCAGAGGCCCCAGGGCUGGAAGAGAAAGGGGUGUUAGAAGAAGAGAGCCCAAAAGUGCUGCACCAGCAGCCUGGGCAGGAGAAGAGAGCCAAGCAACCAGAAUCCAUUGCUGUGGCUUCUAAUACCUGGCUCCAAGUGGUAAAGGAGGAAGAUGGUCUGCAGGAGCCCUGGCAGCAGCUGGGAGAGGAGAAGAAAAUCAAGCAACCAGAAGCAUUGUCUGCUGCCUCUGGCACACGGCUGAACAAGACUGUAGAGAAAUCUAUCUCCACAUCCUACUUAGGGCCCCCGAAGGGCACAAAGGAAUCCAGAUCCCCAAAGGUAAAUGAAAAUAACUACGGGAUGGAUCUGAACAGUGAUGACUCCACAGAUGAUGAGAAUGAACCUCGGAAGCCUGUCCCUGCCUGGGCCGAUGGGUCUCAGCUGAAUCAAGCCAUUUUACACCAAUACUAUCACCCAGUGAAUGUUGACCAACUCUUUGGGCUAAUUCCAAGCCCUAAGCUGGAGGAUAUUUUUGGCAAGAGCAAGCCUCGAUACUUCAAGCGCACGAGCUCAGCGGUUUGGCAUUCCCCCCCUGGGACCAAAUCUACCUGUGGCCCAUCUUGCAACUUCAAAAACUGAGAAAACGCGAAGAAAUGUGUUUUAUGGAUACAAUAUGGUGUAUCAGUUUCUGUCUUAGCAUGCAGCAUA